GGGGGAGAAAGGAAUGCUGGGGCCGGCAGGGGAGAUGAGGCCUCAAGGCCAAACUGGCCCCAGAGGUUAUAAGGGAUCAGCAGCAAAGCCAGGAAGACCCGGAUUUAUCGGACCCCCGACACCUGUCAGGCAUGUGGGAGCAGCUGGACGGCCAGGCCCCAAGGGAGAUACAGGCAUUGAAGAGAUCCAAGGAGUCAACGGGAGAAAAGGGCGAAAAGGGCCCCAAAGGCAAGUUUGGAGAAAUGGGUGCACAGGUUCCCCACGGUGGUCGGGGGAAGUGUGGGCCAGGGGGCGAGCCCGGACGCACAGGCCCAGUCGGAACUAAGGGCGUCCGGGGUGAUGGAGGACCAGUCGGGUUUCAGGGUCCGCCAGGGCCACCAGGCCCAACCCUCCCCUCUCAACACGUGAUUGAGGUCUGCAAGAGAGUGGUGCUGGAACAGAUAUCUACCUUUGCCAACUCUGUGAAGAGGACAUGUGCUGCCAUGUGCCCACUCUACGGGGACGUCCCCUUGGGUGCCCCCGGUCCCACAGGACAGAAGGGAACACCGGGACCUCCAGUGAUCAAGGAGACGAAGGAGACGAGGGAGCAAAGGGCCAUGGCCUACCUGGCUAUAUCAGAGACCAGGGACCAAAGGACCAUGGCCUGCCUGGCUAUAUCAGAGACCAGGGACCAAAGGGCCAUGGCCUGCCUGGCUAUAUCAGAGACCAGGGACCAAAGGGCCAUGGCCUACCUGGCUAUAUCAGAGACCAGGGACCAAAGGGCCAUGGCCUGCCUGGCUAUAUCAGAGACCAGGGACCAAAGGGCCAUGGCCUACCUGGCUAUAUCAGAGACCAGGGACCAAAGGGCCAUGGCCUACCUGGCUAUAUCAGAGACCAGGGACCAAAGGGCCAUGGCCUGCCUGGCUAUAUCAGAGACCGGGGAGCAAAGGGCCAACGUGGAAGACCUGGUAGAGCCUUCAAUGGCACACCAGGACGAGAGGGCGAGAGAGGCCAUGUAGGCCGGCCUGGACUAAGAGGUCACCCAGAACUACGAGGAGUCCCAGGUGUGUGUCAGACCACUGGGUGCGCUCUGCUAAACAACAACACAACCAAUGGAUCACAUCAGAAUGCACCCCAGAGGUUGAGAAGACGCCCAUAGAGGCAAAGAGGAAACUUUUGACCAAGCUUCAUGGAUGUAUCCUGAAAGGAGGAGUGGGGGAGGGGUGGAUUGGGAGAGAGAGGAGAUUUUUUGUUAAUAAAUGUAUUAAAAUCAAAGUCAAAAUGCUUCAAUGUAAAUAUGCAUCCAAUCUCCACUGCAAAAGACUGAGAUUCACCCAUUUUACUUUCUUGAAAAAAUCUGCUCUAGAAACUUGUACUGUAGGCCUUAAAACAUUUGAAAAAUACACCAAUAGCUAUAUAUUAUGUAAAAAUUCCUUGAUUUGAAAGUUUAUUUUACACAUUUUAUUUAAACUGGGCCUAGUUGUCUUCAAAUGUCACUGAUCUUUAUAAUAAAAGCAAAAAAACGUUUUUACUAACUUAUUUUACUGUAACAAUUCCUCCACUGUUAUUUUUUAUUAUGAUAUAUCAUUGAGAACAUUAUAUUAUUAUAGAAUACAAAAUCAAGUGUACAAUUCUUAAUUGUAAUUCACAAAUUGUUCAGCAAAGUGUUUAUCACAAUUCUGUUGAAGCAUGCUAGCUACUUAAAUCAAUAACAGUUACUGUUGGCCAAUGGUUGCUGUUAUAGCUAGCAGUUACUGUUAGCCAUUGGUUGCUCUUUUGGCUAGCAGCUAAUGUUAGCCAAUGGUUACUGUUAUGGCUAGUAGCUACUGAUAGCCAACGGUUUGUGUUAUGGCUAGCAGCCAAUGAUUACUCAUCUGGCAUGCAGCUACCCUUAGCCAAUGGUUACUGUUAUGGCUAGCAGCAUACUGUUAUAGUCAAAUGUCUUUUCAAAAUAACAGUUUGUGUCAGUCUGUGCCUAAUGUCAGUUGUGAAGUCAUGUGUUAUUUGAUUAAGUUUUUGUAUGCCUUGUUAAUAGCAGGGUUAAGUGUCAUCCAGAAGGCAUAAUGUUGGUUCAUUAUGAAGUAACCAACAAAACGACCUCUUGUAGUGGAAAGAUCUGGAACAUAAAUGUGAAUAAAAAAGAACAGUACACAUUGUGUGCCUGUUUUUGAUUGUGUUUCAGGCCUAGACAGUUAUCACAUGACAUGCAUUAUUCUAUAUCUGGUAGAUUGAGGCUUGUUAAAUUCAUGAGUCCCAUGUGUUUUAUUUAUAAUUCUGUAAUGAGACAAUGUCUCAAUGCCUGUACAUUUCACAAGAUGUUUGCUUGCAUAUCUUUAAGUGAAAACAUAUGGUUAUGAUUGUAGACAAACACGAAAACGAAUCAUAACUCCCACAACA